CCGCCACUCCGGGGAUCCCUUCCGAAUCUUGAAGUCUCCGGGCGAUUUCCCAACGCCCGUUCUAUUGCGCACCCAUUGCAGCCAGCAGUUCCCCUCCUUUCGAGCCAGACGAGACCAACCGACCACACUGGCGACACUUUGCGACUAUCGCUCCAUCCUUCGGGGGUCUUCCCCUCGACCGCGAUGAAGCCAUUCCCAGGCAUUCGACGAGUGCCCAGAACUUCUCACAGAAGCUAUGGCACAACCCCGUCGGCCAGACCGGGGCCCGUUUUCUUGUCCAAGAAAUACAUAAGAGAAAAAGAAGCCAAGGCAGUGGGGAGGGCACCGCCAAUACCGCUAAUGUCCAAAAAAGAGGCAAAAGCCCAAGCGAUACGAGAUGCGCCAAAGCGCAGAGCAGAGGAAAGACAGGAACACUUCACCAAGAGAAUCCAAGAGGUCCUAGGCCACGACGAAAUUGCAAAAGAUGUACAAAUAGACAAGGAGAACAAGAAAGUCAGGACCUCGGCCGGCGACCUGCCCAUCUCACCCGUCAUGGACCCGGUGUGGAUGGAUGUGCGUACGAGGUACCGGACGCCGAAACCCAGACCGAAAUCCAAGAGCGCCAAGGUCCGGGAUCAUUCUUUGUCUUCCCCGGGGGAGGCACCCGUGAAACACAGGUACAGGACUAGGAUGGGCUUGGACAAGAAGACGCAGAGCCCGAGGCUCAUUAUCAUGAAUAAGUUGCCCAACGGGGGGAGGUUCCGCGUCAAGUUGGAACAGAACCCGUACGUCCAUGCUCUCGCCUCGCCUGUCCGAUUCUGUCCCGUCACGGGGACGUCUCUGCCGAAAUACUUUCUUCAAAACUUCAAGGCCGUUACGAAUCCGGACACUCAAGGGCACUGGUUUAUACCAGGUGACGUCGAAGUAUCGUGGACGCAUAAAGAUGCUAUGGAAGAGGAGCUUAGGAAGCUUGAUAAUCUGGAGAAUGGGUCAGGAAAGCUUGACGACGACCCCAUUGCAAAACAAAAAGACACAGACCAGCUCCUCCUCAAAUCCCCCUCCGCCUACGUCGUCUCCCGGAAACCCGUCAUCGACUCCAUGGCAGGCAAACGCGGCAAAACACCCUUCGGCGACGGCUGGCGCACGCUCCUCGGCAGGAAUCCCAAGGUCAUGAACUCAGAUAUCCCCAAACGCCUCGUUUGGCGCGAGGACAUGGGCGACUUCGUCCUCGAGAACCUGCGCAAGAAUAUCAUGAAGUAUGUCACUUGGUACGUCGAGGCGGACGAAGGGUACAGCUCGUGCAUCCAGCCCCUCGAGACCUGGGAAGACGUCCACGACGCGGAGAAGCGGAGCUGUCUGCUGUGGUACGACGAGGCCAACAUCCCCGCGGGGGAGAGUCGGUGGGACGAGUGGAUGAAGGAGGGAAAAGUGAAGCCGUUUGCGACGUACGACGUCCCGGACGCAAAGUACGAAAAGAGUCUGCCCAUCUACGACAUCGGGCGGCUCAUGGGGCCAAAGUACCUCGCGAAGCUGCGGGAGAUACCCUUGUUCCGCGAACAUUCGCUCUUCGUCGUUAAGAAGAAGCGGUCGAUUCCGCUGCAGCUGUAUCUGUGGAAGCUGCAGGCGUACAUGGCUGAGUAU